CAUCCCCAUUCCUCCCUUCUCGCUCAUCCCCACAGUGAGCUCUGGCCGCCUCCCUCACCCCAUGCCUUGUCCUGCCCUUCUCCUUUAUUACAUCUAGUGGCAGUAGCCAGUAGCUGCUGGAUCUGUCGUUACCGGCCGCCGGCCGGCGACCCAACCAUGCUACUCCGACAACCUGACGCGAGCAUCGUGCCGAUGUAAAUGUAGCACACCAACCCCAACCUUCAAUGCCAACCGCCCGCUUGAUGAGCGGCCGGACACGCCCCCGCCGCUCUAUCUAUAUCUGCUGCCGUCCGAUCCUCUCCGACGGCAAGGUGCAAACCGCGCGCGCCACCAGCAGCUAGCGUCCCCACUCACCACCGAGCGAAACCACGCCCGCCUCGCGACCCGUCUCCGGGUCGCCCAUGGCGUCCUGCGCGGAUGCUCAGCCCCAGCCCGCGUGGGCGCUGGCGCUCGCGGCGCUGGGGCUCCUCGUGUCCGCGCGCGCUGCGGCGCGCCUCGCGCUGUGGCUGUACGCGGCGUUCCUCCGCCCCGCGAGGCCGCUGCGCCGCCGCUACGGCGCGUGGGCCGUCGUCACGGGCGCCACGGACGGCAUCGGCCGCGCGCUCGCCUUCCGCCUCGCCGCGGCCGGCCUCGGGGUCGUCCUCGUCGGCCGGAACCCGGACAAGCUCGCCGCCGUCUCGGCCGAGCUCGAGGCCAAGCGCCCGGGGGCCGAGGUCCGCACCUUCGUCGUCGACUUCGCCGACGACGACCUCGCCACGAGGGUGGGCGCGCUCGGGGAGUUCCUCCGGGGCCUCGACGUCGGCGUGCUCGUGAAUAACGUCGGCGCGUCGUACCCGUACGCGCGCUACUUCCACGAGGUGGACGAGGCGCUGGCGCAGAGGCUGAUCCGGCUCAACGUCGAGGCGGUCACACGGGUGACGCACGCCGUGCUCCCCGGCAUGCUGGAGCGCGGGCGGGGAGCCAUCAUGAACAUGGGCUCCGGCGCCUCCGCCAUCAUGCCGUCGGACCCGCUGUACACCGUCUACGUCGCCACCAAGGCCUAUGUCGAUCAAUUCUCGAGAUGCCUGCAUGUGGAGUACAAGGGCAAAGGCAUCGACGUGCAGUGCCAGGUGCCCAUUCAGGUGGCCACGAAGCUGGCGUCCAUCCGGAAGCCCACCCUCCUGGCGCCGUCGCCGGAGGCGUACGCCCGCGCCGCCGUCCGCCGCAUCGGUUACGAGCCGCGGUGCACGCCGUACUGGGCGCACGCGGUGGUGGGGCUUCUCAUCUCCCUCGUGCCGGAGCCCGUCGCCGACAGGAUGUUCCUCAACAGGUCCCUCGGCAUCCGCGCCAGGGGGCGCGCCAAGGAGGCCAAGAAGAAGGCGCAGUGAUCGACGAGGGUCUGGGCUAGCAAUGGCCGUUCCAACCGUAUUUGGAUCUAAUAACACACGGACUGAUGAUAGAGCUAUCGAGCGACCUGAGAGUUGUAUCCUGGAACAAGUUAAAGUUUAAUUUGCUGAGACAUAAGACUACGGCUAUUUGAUACGGUGACACAUCAUCGUGGAUUCGUGGCUGUGGAAUUGGAUGCGAGGUUAGGCCUGCGCUAUAAGUUGAGCUUGA